CUCAUAAUUUGUACAGUACCUACUAUUACUACAUGCAAAGGAAAUUUACAAUAUUUUCGUAACCAUAGCUAAACAACAAUAUAUAUUGCUCUUAUGUAAAAAAACACGCAGUAAACUGAUUCUCCACGUUCUCUACACAUUUCAUUGUUAUCCACUUGAGUAUCAUGUCGAAUGUCGUUUGCAAAUUGUUUCAAAGUGUUAAUAACAUUAAUUUCGUAAGUGCCACUCCCCAUCGCUGACGGUCGGAUGAAGUAAACCUAAACAAACUGAAUAUGCCAAGUGCCAAUUGUGUCACAACUAUGUAUGAUUCGUUUACAAGUUAGCAUAUUUCAAGGCGUAAACAACCAUGUUUGUUUUGCGAAAUGGAAGUCUGGACGAACUUAGAGUAUGUAGUGAAUGUUCUCCGAUGCUGCUAAUUACAAAAGCUUCAAUGUGCUCACGAUAUAGUAAUCCGCUUAAGGUCAAUGCACUCUCUGAACAAUAACAACAGGCGAACUAAACUUUUGCAAGAUCUUCUAGUCUAGUUAAAAGUUGUAUCUAAUGUAAUCAUUUAAAUUCGUUAUCCACCGAAAUUAAGGAAGCAAUUUUCAACAGGACUAAUUUAGUUGACGGUUCAAAGAGGAUGCAUUAUGUUUCCGUUAACGACCGCGCAUCUAAAGUGGUCGUAAUUAUGGACCGGAGUUCUUAGGCGAAAAGUAUCUUUCUAGAAUUUGUGUUCAUAAUUUCAAUGAAAAUAAAGUCUAUAAUUGGAUUAAAUUGAGUACUUGCUGCAAUAGUUCUUUUAAAUAAUAUUGCAAUGUUCACUGUUCACACGAAUCGUACUUCAAUAGUAUUUUUUCUGUGAGCUUUAAAUUCCUUUAUUUUUUGCUUCUUUUGUCCUGUUUCCCCGUCCCGAGCCGUUCAUAUGUUUAUUCCGUUCGCACCCCUUGGUGAUUUAUACGUAGUCCGAGCCCAUUAUCCAGAUUUGAAUCGUCGCUCUUCCCGAAAGUGCCAUUCGUUAAAUUCCAUUUUUAAAAAGUAGUCGGCGGAUGCGUUGCCUCCGGUGUUGUCACCACUGCGUCGCCGGUAUAUCCAAAUAUUGCUAACGAGUUCAUACAUUUCUCCGGUUGAUUGAAUUCCGACGGAAAUGGGAUUCUGUAAGCGGAAGGGGACUAGAAGUUUGACAAUUUUUGUGCCAGUGUAGCGUAUACCGGUCAAGCUCUCUAUUAUUCUCGUGUGUUGCGCGUGCGCCGCUGCGUGUUUAGUUGCGUUCGUAGCACGACCAAGAAUAGGCGUCACAGUGAUGGUUCCUGGCUGAAAGGUUUAUCUAGUUCGGGUGUCGGUAUCGGUACUACUCGCGAGCGAUCAGCGGGUUGUGCAACAACCUGUAGUGGUUCUUUAAAAAUUUAAACGUACCGCUGAUUAUUAUUAUUGUGUACUUGUGUACGAGGAGAUAUUAUUGCUUCAGUACUACACUGGAACCUCAGCCAUGAAGUCGUGCUCAUAAUUUACAUUUAAUUUGUAUUACAUAUAUUUCACACGUUAUCACCUGACGUGGGUUUGUAUAUUGAUAGUACGUGAUAAGCAGUUACGAUAGAUAAGGAAAAACGGGCAUCGGUGUGUUUGUUGACUAAAAUUGGCGGUGUAAAAGUACCAUGACAUUGUGUUAGUGUUUUUUUCUGCGGAAAGCUUUUGUGUUGGAUAGUAGAAAAAGUAAUUAAGUGAAGAGUUUCGUGUUAAAACGUAAUAUACGUAUGAGUGAUGCGUCUGCGGCGCGGUGCAAGUGUUGCGUUAGGACUAUUUUCGUAGCACGGAAAUAAGAGCGGCAAAAGGAGCAAAAAGUUGAGAUCGUCUGAAAAACUUUAGGACGAGUGUCGAAUGUAUUUCUGUCUGUUGUAAACCGAUGUCUACAACACUUGUGCUUGGAAUUGUUGUAAUGCUGUAAGAAGUAUUCACUGAAAAUGAAGAAGAGGACCAUCUCUAAACUCAAGUCUAUAUUCGGCUCCAAGAAAGGCAAGCGACAACAAGAACAACCUUUAAAGUCUUCACGUUCGCCUUCGCCUGAGCCGGUGGGGGCGGCUUCCCCGGUUCCAGGCAAUGAUGAUUCGUUCCGGCCCAUCUUGAGGACUCCGCCACCAAGCCGGGCAGGGCCGCCACCUUCACCACCAGUGCCUACACACCCCAUAGCUCCAGUUGCCCCCGAACCUGCAGCUCCUCUUCCCCUUCUGCCAUGCGCAGUUUGUGGAAGAACCUUCGUGCCACAAUCUUUGGCAAAACACGUGAAAAUAUGUGAAAAGAUGACAGUGAAGAAAAGGAAAACAUUUGAUUCUUCCAGACAGAGACGUGAAGGGCUGAUCGCGGCGAACGGUGCUAAUUCCGGUACAGACUUGGAGCAAUACUUGCCAAAGAACUUCGGUCUUCCAGAAAACAGUCCGUUCUUAGAGAAAAGUCCGCCGAACACAGCUAAGCCGACGCCAAAACCCAAACCACAGUCCGUCAGGAACGCUAUAACGAAGCCAAUGGCUGAACUACAAAGGUGUCCGCACUGUAACCGUGCGUUCGGCGUACGCGCAUUCGAGCGUCACGUGGAGUGGUGCGCGGAUAAAGCGAAGAUAUUGCCGGCAGCGCCCGCGCAACCACCGCAACACAUCGCCGACGCCAAGCAGCGUCUCAAUGCGCGCACGCAGUACAAAGCUCCACCCGUGCGCGGACGACGGUCAUCACAAACACGCGAUAAGUCUUCAAACAGCCGGUCAGCGUCAGUGGACUCAUCACGAGGGGUGUCUCCCCCUCAACCUCGAGAAUAUGGCGACUACAGACAAGGACGCGCCAGAGCUUCAGAAUCUGUCUCCAGCAAUGACUGUCACGAUGAUCCUUCUCCUCACAUGCCAGUGAUUAGAAACUCUAGGAAUUCACAAAACAGUUCGUCAGGCGAUGCCAACGUCAAAGCAAGACAAGCCAGGCUCGCUAGGGACCUUAGCAGCUCUAGGCUUGACGACAAUUACGAUCCAUUCGUAUCAGCUGCUAGGCAAAUGAAAGAACUCAUGUCCUCAGACACAAACAUUCCCAAAAAAAUACAAACUUCCAAAGACCACAGCAGAACCCUUCCUGCCCUCCAACCCGCUAAAGACAAAGGCUCGUCCUCCUAUCUACGAUCUGAUAACAGCAAAAUGAUAAAAGACACACUUAACAAAACAUAUCAGAAAACUCCCACACUUCAGAGAAUGAAGUCAUUCGGUAGCACAAACAAUGAAAACAGUACCAACACGUUCGGUGGUCGUUGCAGCUCAUUUAGACUUAAUAGAAAUGACAAAAAGCCUAGUCCAAAAUUAAAUACAACCUUUACUAAAUCCAGUAAAGAAAACAUAAGUACAGUCGAAAAGAAUUACUUCAAUCGAAAUAGUAGUUUGAAUAGGUCCUUCUCCAGUUACACCGCUUCAAGUUACAGUACUCCUAAGCCUAAAGACAAAAUCCCUAAAAUUGCUACUUCCAUGUAUCAUAGCUUCCAACGCACGACUAUAAAACAACCUGUUAAAUUAGAUAAAAUAAAGAGAGAUAACGAGAAGAAAGACUUCGUCAAUCUCGAUGCUAUCCUCGCUGACGACAAUUCGUCAAUGACUGACAGUAAUUACAUUGAUCCAAGGCUCAUAAAUGAAAAUGACAAUCUGCCCAUCAAUGUUAAUACCAUAUUAAAUAACCCUGAUAUCAUUAGUAGCAUGGAAUCUCUUCUCACUACAGAAAACUUGCCUAAAAGAUUCGAAUCAUUUAGUACUGUCAACAUAAACAAUAACAAAAACUUCAAUAAUAAUAUUACUGAUCUGUGUAACAAAACCAUGAAAGAUGAACCGAAUAAUAACGUUAGUAAAACCCCUGCCCCCACUUCUGAUGAUCUAAGCAUUCAGUAUGAUAAAAUUAUGUAUUCAUUAGAACAAAGUAUAGCUUCUAAGACCUCUACUAGAGAUGACGAUUCUCUAUGCGAGGACUUUGACCUUGAAGAAUUCAUGACUUCAUUCGAUGAAGAAAUACUUAAGCAGAAAUUAGAGAACAAACGCACAUGUAGUUCCACCACUAGGGUAGUUAAACAGUCCGAGCUUGCUGAUAGCAACAGGACAUCAGAAUUAAAUAGUGUUAGUUCAUCGCCCAAAGUAGUGAAUGGUAUGAACCCAGUUAAUAAGUCAAUGUCUCUAACUUUUAGCAGUAACAAUAUAGGAAGCGAGAGCCUUUUCCCAUCCUCUGUGAAACGUUCCACUUCCCUCCUCGAUUCCAUCCAAAAGAAAAAUACGCUCAAGAUAGACAGUGGGAAAAGCCGCCAUAAAUCCGAUCAACUGGAACAAGACCUCAUGCAGUCUCUUAAAGAUUUUGACAAAUUCUACGAAAAUGAGAAGAACGAAAACCAGUCUAGUAAAGAGAUGCCAAGUUACAAUGGAACUGCGAAAAGGGAUACUCGCAUAAAAACUGAACGAAAAAUCAAGAAAGUUGAAAACCAUACCAAUGGGAACCACACGCCGAAUGGCAAGCAGAGUAAUGAUUCAGCUUAUAGCAGGUUAGUCAGUUUAAACAGGAUAUCCCCGUCGAAACUUUCAUUAUGUACUUCCAAGGAACCCAACGGAUUGACGUCUUUAGAACAAAUCCCAGCGGGUUCGGACUCUAGCGGCAGUCACAAGGAGGACGUGAGGUCAAUUUCUAGCGACGAGUUCCUCGCGAUGGAGCGGUCGGCAGAGCUAGACGAACCUCUUCCACCUCCAGACCUUUUAUUUAAGGAACAAGACAAUCAUAUCGACAAGCGCGUAAGUUCUCGUGCGUCGUCGCGGCAGAGUCCGACGUGGCGCCCGCGUGCCUCGCUCAGCUCGAGCGGCUCGGAAGCAUCCCUGGCGAGGCGGCGCGACCAAGCACCCGCGCAAUGCCGCCGACCCUCGCGGUUUUGUCACGAAUGUGGCAACAAGUUCCCCGUCGACACCGCCAAGUUCUGCAUCGAAUGUGGCGUCAAGAGACUCGUCGUCUAACGUCACGGGGAACUCUAUG